GCCACCAGAAUGCUGUGGGAGCCAGGCACUGGACAAGGCUGGGUGACUCCCCAUAAAGCCCCGGUGGCCCAGCGGGCGGGGAGCCUAGUAUUCAGAGCACCCAGUGUCCGGCCUGCACCAGCCAUUUGACCCCCGAGGUGGAGAGGCACGCUCCCUGCUCCGGUGUCAUGGAGCCCCAGUCCAGCUGCGUGGUGGUGACUGGUUUUGGGCCCUUCCGGCAGCACCUGGUGAAUUCCAGCUGGGAAGCAGUGAAGGAGCUCUCUAAGCUGGGCCUGGGGACGGACAUGGAGCUGGAGCUGCGGACCCUUCAGCUGCCCGUGGAUUACAGGGAGGUGAAGCAGAGGGUCACCAGGAUCUGGGAAGAUCUUCAACCGCAACUUACCGUGCACGUGGGCCUGGACGCUGCCGCCAAAACCAUCGUCCUGGAACAGUGCGGCAAGAACCGCGGCUUCCGGGAGGCGGACAUCCGGGGCUUCCGGCCCGAGCGUGGUGCGUGCCUGCCGGAUGGCCCGGAAGUGAUUGAGUCUCGGGUCAACAUGAAGGUGGUCAGUAGGCGUGCGGCUGUGGAGGGUGUGGAGGUGGCCUUUUCCCGAGAUGCGGGCAGAUAUGUCUGCGAUUACACCUACUACCUGUCUUUGCAUCAUGGAAAUGGGUGCGCGGCGCUCAUCCAUAUCCCUCCGUUAUCGCCACGGCUCCCGGCCAGUCUGCUGGGAAAAGCCUUACAGGCCAUCAUCCAGGAGAUGCUGGAGGAAGAGUUGUUAUGGAGAUCCAGUGCGAGAAUGCACAUGAAAGUCCGUCAGUGAUGAGGGAACACUAUCAAAAUAUGCAUGCACCUUCUUGAAUAUGGGCUCUGAAAGUAACAAAAUUUUGCCACCAUGAUGUUCCUUUGAGACUCCCCCCCACCCACACACACACACACUUCCUGCCUGAGAGAUUAAGAGAAACCUGCUUUUUAGAAAGGGAACCUGGUUUAAUCACUUUAAGAAUUUUCACCCUAGCAUCAGUCAAGAGGCCUCCAAGCCUGUUAACUAGACACCCCGUCCAUUGUUUCUAAGCUACCCAGUAAAUUUUCCUGCCAUGUAUGUUCCACUCUUCCUCAACUCCCUGUAAAUCACCCAUUCGUGGUUCUGAAAUCUAUUACCCCGCCUCCCUUUUCGCCUUUGUUCAAAAAUGCCUUAUAUACCAAUGUUGCCUCACUGUCUGGAAUUUUCAUGCUUAUGUGAAU